AGUUGGGUUACGGUUUGUANAGCGGNAAAUAUGGAUUCGUCAAGAAGAGNGAUGGNGAUAUGCAGCCCAAAGGAAUAGCGCCAAGAAUGUUAAAGAAGGCUGUAGCACGCAGUCAUCCAGAAUUCUCCUCCAUGAGACAACAGGAUGCCUCAGAAUUCUUGCAAUUUCUAUUGGUUACUUUACAAAGGUGUUCGCUAUAUUACAAGCGUUAUAUUCCCGAUCUUUUAGAGUCAUUCAAAUUCAAUAUGUGUCAACGACUGCAGUGNGANAGUUGNAAAGGAGUAAGAUACUUGGAAGUGUCUUGUUCUGGUUUAGAUGUGCCCCUNGAGUCUGCCAUGAAAGAUACUUGUUCAGCUCAAGUUACGUUGGAGGACUGUUUGGAAGCUGCAUUNAGGGAAGAAUGGGUNGAAUUNGACUGUCCAGUCUGUUCAGAAACAUCAUCAAGACGAGCGAAAGCCAGCAAGUCCAANAGGAUACAGACUUUUCCAUGCAUUCUUCCUAUUACUGUNAGAAGAUUCGGAAUUGGCGAAGGUUGGACGCCAGUGAAACUAAGAGANAAUAUNGACGUUCCUUUGGAGAUAAACCUAAGCAACUGGAAGACUGCUGGACAAGGUUGUCAACCGAAAGAAGANGAAAUAGCACUUCCUUCUUCGAAAGUCAAUAUCGAACUUUUGAACCAACUCAUCCAGAUAGGAUUUCCCAAAGAGACUGUGGAGAGAGCCUUAACGGAAAGNAGUUGUUCAAAUUUGGAAGAUGCUGUAGCUUGGUUGACAGGGAGUCAAAAACAAGANGAGUCACCUGUUGGAGAUUCUUCUCUAAUGAANGAACAAGUAGAGAUCCUUGUAAACAUGGGAUUUCGUGCACAAGAUGCAAAACGUGCUUUACUUCAAUGNGAUUUUUCGGUAGAACGAGCAUUGGAUUGGUUAUUNAGUCAUCCNGAUAUGAANGAAGCAGANGAAGGCAGUUCUCAACAAAUGGACGAACGAGUCUCUUUGAGUGGUACCUGUUGGGCACCUUCCUCAGAAGAGACGAGUUAUCAGCUAUUGGGUGCUGUAGUCCAUUUAGGUUCUUCCACCAGNAGUGGACAUUAUGUCGCAUAUACUCAUGCUGGUUCACAUUGGAUACUAUUNAANGACGAGAAAGUGAGUAUUGCAGAGUCUCCGUAUUUAGGACAAGCAUAUAUGUACUUUUAUUGUCGGAAAGANAGUCUUCCAAGACCUGUUCUUCCUGUACCAGAGUAGUGAUUGCAGUUAGACGAUACUUCUUCCAAAUGUGAACCACAUCUUGCAACAAAUAUAUAUCCUUUAUGAAGA